AUGACUGUUAGUUGGAGGGAAUUUAGUCUAAUUGGUCUCACCGAAAACCGCCUUGGAGGAGUACGGACAAAAGUCAUCGGCUCACUGUCCAGCGACCCGAAUGAAUCUGUGUUAAGCUUUUGCCUGACUUCGGGGCGAAGACUUCGCGGUAAGCACAUAUCUUUUGAUAUGAUGCCUACUUUCAGCUCGGCCCGCUUCGGCCCCAGGCCCCAGUUCAUCUCAAGCGGGGCUGGGCAGGAGCUGGCGGCAGUACUCCUGCCAAGGCGACACGAGGAGCAGCAUUCGAAUGAGGACACCAUACGCACGGGUCCAUGGGGUGCGCCCCAGGCAGUGCCACCAGAAAUUUCACAUGACUUCCACCUCACCCGCCAACUGUCAGAGCUUCCUAAAUACUGUCAGCCAGAUAGCACCGAAGCAGGUCGUAGAGCGUGA